AAAUGUUGAAACUGACAUGGAAGUGUUGACAACGGUGAAUGAACAAAGGUUGGUGGAAGAAAAUGCGACUCUCUCGAAUCAUUCGGAGAUUUGGCUAUUGGAAAUGGCGAGUUAUUUCAUACUGUUUCGACGAUUAGUCUUGCUUUUUGUGAUGUUCAAUGUGAUGUGUAUUCUCUCCAUAGUUUACAUUCCUCUACAAAACACUUUUCUACAGUCCCGACAAACCAUUUCGGAAGAUUGUCACUUUAUAUUGACUACAGGGAAUUGUAUGCUUCCAUUUCCUUCUGAUAAUAUUUUGUCAGCAAAUGAAUCAUCUCCAUUUCAUGGAGGAGGGAAGGGAAACAAGAGAUUACCUAUUUUUCGUUUUCGCAAAGGAUGGGAUUUAGAAUGGCUAACAUUAGAUGAUAUGGAUGGUUUUAGUAGACUCUCGCCCAUUGUGUUUUCAUUGGAGAACUUGGACCCAAAUGAUUUGAUUGGUUACGACCAACUUCAUCUUUCCUUGGGAGAUAAUGCCACUACCAUUUUGAUAGAUGCCGCAACAGGCAAAAGAGUUGCUCAUUUUUAUUCUUCAAGCCACUUUUUUGAUGAAUCCGAUCCUUACGCUGCAGUAGCCAUUCAUGCUGCAGAACCUUUGCAAGAGGGACAUCGAUAUAUUGUAGGUGUCAGAAAUAUACGAAAUAGAAGAAACAAGUCCAGUUUGGCUAGCAGUCCAAAGGGGUUUCAAAUUAUUCGGGAUAAUUUGACUGUUGCAAAUACAACUAUUGACGAAAUGCUUUUUCGUCAUUUUCAAUAUGAAGAACUACAACAAAUAUAUCACAGAAACAUCUUUCCUGUCCUGGUUCAACAAGGAUUUGUUCCUUCACAUCUUCAACUUGCUUGGCAGUUUACUGUGAAAAGUAAAAAUGCCACCCUGCAGUCUGCAAAUAUUAUUCGUUCAACGCUGCAUGCAUUAUGGUCAUCGGUAAAUAAUCAAACUGAUAAACCAAAACUAGAGAUUGAUGAAAUAAGAGAAUAUGAUUGUAAGCCGUCACUGAAACGAAGAAGAGGAUGGUUUCGAAAAAUUCAUGGACAAGUGUUACAUGUGCCCUUGUUUCUUGAAAAGGAUACUCCAGGUUCAAAGCUAUCUCAUCCGUUGAGGCAAACGGGCACUAGUGUUGUGCCAUUUACUGUAUUAUUACCUUGUACACUAAGCCAAGCUGGGACUCAAGCUUCCAUGUUACUGCAAUAUGGACAUGGCUUAAUGGGAUCUCAAGGCGAAGCUCAAAAUGAUUACUUGGAACGCACUGCGAAUGAUUACAACCUCGUCAUAUGGGCUGUUGAUUGGAGGGGCAUGAGUCAGUAUGACAUUCUUUCGGUGUUUAAGAUGCUUCUUUUCGAACCCGACCACUUCGCCAUAUUGCCUCAUAAUAUUCUGCAGGGAUUAUCGGAUGCCACAGUCGUCCUCUGGACGAUGUUGUCUAGUUAUUUUCGAGAGUGGGAGGCUAUGCAAGUGAACGGUACAUCUGUCUUGCCGUCGUAUCCAAUGAAUGGAUAUCAUUAUAAUAUUUCAUCGAUUCCUAUUGGCUACUAUGGAAACUCUCAAGGAGGUAUUUUGGGCGCUGCAUUAAUUGGGUUCUCACCUCUGUAUUCAUCUGGUGUGCUGGGAGUUGCUGGAGCUCCUUAUUCUUUGUUGUUAAGCCAGUCUAUUGACGCAAUUCCGUACAUUCGAGCGUUGCAACUGGAAUUGUCUUUGCGAGAUAUACCUUUAUAUGCUUCAUUGAUACAGCAGCUAUGGGAUAUUGGUGAACCUACCGGUUGGCUCAGCACUUUGAUAGAUGAUGGAAAAUAUAUUUUGCUUCACGCUGCAAUACAAGAUAGACAAGUUCCCAUAGCAGGCGCCGAAGUUUUGGGAAGGGGUUUGAAGGCCGAAUUCAUGGGACCUCGAGAAAGAACUGUGUUUGGUUGGUCGAACAACAGUGGGAACCUUGCUACAUCGCUAUAUCCUCAUUCACAACUUGUUGAGUGGAGUGUUACUCAAGAUGCAAGGUUUCCUCCUCACGAGGUUAUGUAUUCCAAGUCUGUCAUCGAGAAGAGAACGAUUGUGAAUUGUCCAGUUGUACAUAUGACUAAACUAUCCAUCUCAACUUUGGCGCGCAUUCGAAGAAAAAUGCGCGAUGGGAUGCCCAAGGCGCCAUUGCCUCCACCUAUAUGUUCCGAUAGACCCGGUACUUGGGCUUAUGAUACUCUUACCAGACGAAUACGAACAGAAAUACUUGCGAGAGUAUGGAGAGAGAACGAUUUCUUUGAUUCCGAUACGGUGACUUCGCUUCAAGCACUGUCAGAUGAGUUGAUAGCGGCAAAGGAAAGUGUUUUAACUCCUAUUCCGAACGAUGGGGGGCCUGACUGGGAGAAGUGGAACGCAAUCCUGUCCAAAUAUGUUGGAAAGUAUACUUGGUUGACAGCUCCUUAUUGUCUUGUAGAGUUUUAUUUUUAUCGUCGACUAAUGGUGGCUGUCCAUUGGUUUCGAGAUUUUCGAGACCCCUUUCAGAAACAAAAAGAACUAGGCACACAAAGCAGCUUAGAGACGAUGUUGAGUCUGUUGAAACGUUUGAAAGGUGUUUUUGAGGUUCAAAAUGACAAAGAACGAGUAAAGUUGGAGUUUCUUUCGUAUUUGUUUUUAUCACUUUGGGGCAACCGACUCGAUUUGAGUCUCUGGCCGACUACAGAAGAUAUAAAACAAGGAGGAGAUACGAAUGAGAAACUUUUUCAGUUUGUAGAACAGACAGUCACGGAAUCAGAUAAGCUUUUAUCGAAUGAUAGUUGUAACGUUUUCCAGUAUCUGUAUUUGUCGUUGAGGAGGGAAACUGGAAAAAAAAGGAGACGUGUGGGUAUUGUUGUGGAUAAUGCUGGUUUGGAGCUUUUCUGUGACUUGUGCUUGGCACAUUAUUUGAUUCAGUCCGGACUGGCUCAUGAAAUACACUUCCAUUUGAAAGCCCAUCCUUUGUUUGUAUCUGAUGCCAUGGAAAAGGAUUUGUUAUACACCAUUCACUAUCUUGAAGAAAUGACGAUGGAUAAACCUGAAUUGCUUUCCAUUUUAAAACAAUGGAGUGAAUAUUUGGAAACAGGGCAAUGGUGUACGAAGGAAGACUACUUUUGGUGUCAGCCUUGUGCAUUUUGGGAAAUGCCAAACUCUAUUCGACAGGAUUGGAGAGACAAUUGUUUGUUAGUCAUCGUGAAAGGUGAUGCAAACUAUCGACGUCUAUUAGGGGAUCUCGAAUGGGAUAUGGCCAUACCGUUUGGGGAUAUUGUGAACUGUUUUCCAACAGCUAUUUGUGCUUUGCGAACACUUAAAUCGGAAAUUCUUUGUGGGGUGUCGAAAGAACGCCAAGACUAUGCUUUUCACGAGGAUCCUAAAUGGAUGGUGUCAGGCGAAUGGGCAGUUGUCCAGUUUUAUCAAGGAGAAUAUAACUACACCUAAGAAACAUCUUUCAAUACAUCGUUUAACUUGUCUAGCGCCAAUAAAUGUCGUUGCGAGUCGGCAACUGAAUUUUCAUGUUGAUU